CCAAUGGACUACUAAUUCUUUACCCUUUGGAUCAUGGAGAAAUCAAUCUCGGAUCAUAAUCUAGCCAAUGGGACUCCCAGGCAACUCCCAACCCCCUUGGACUCAUCCCCCGGAUCUCCAUUUGCUGUGGCUACUCCCACUAAUAGUCCUCCGGAAGUUGCAGUCGAAAUCGCGGCCCCGCAGCCGCGAGUCCCUCGCAAUUCUCGAAGUCUUCAACGCAUUACCCAUGCUUGUGUCUCCUGCCAAAAGAAAAAGACCAAAUGUGACGGUGCGAAACCAACCUGUAAACUGUGUCAGCGGGCGGGCACGAUCUGCAUCUACGCCAGGUCAAGGCGUGAAAACCAGCGCUUACGGUUCCAUUCGCUGGAGGAGAAGAUUACCGUUUAUGAAUCGCUUCUACAAGAAAUUAUCUCUCAGAGCACCCCAGAAAACAUCCACUCUAUCCGGGAUGCUAUACAUAGACACUUCCAGGUAUCACCAGACUUCUUCUCGACCCUUCUCGCUUCAAAGUCGCUUUCCGAUCAACACAUUUCUCAGCCUAAGCCAGGACUUUCCUUGACCCGCAUACACCUGACACGGGGCUCGACGAAUUCCAAAGCUCCCGCUCUCGCGCAACAGCCCCCAAUCCAGGUCAAAUCGAUCGAGAACUGGACCUGGCUCGUUGACAAUGACGUCGCAAGUCACCUUCUUUCGCUUUACUUCACAUGGGAGAAUUCAACUUGGCACCUCGUCGACCAACACAUGUUCAUUCACGAUCUCGAACGCGGGCGUCCCAGAUUCUGUUCUUCCCUGCUGGUCCACACCCUUCUCUUUUUCGGCUGUAGCUUCUCAUAUAAUCUAACCCGAAUUACCGAUCGACGAGAGGAGAAGGCUCUAGGCGAAAGAUUGUAUGCCGCGAUCCAACAACAAUGGACCGCAGAAAAGGACAGCCAAAAUCUCCCAACCGUACAAUCUAGUAUCUUAAUCGGCUUGCUUUGCUGUACGUUUGGCCUCGAUAAGCUCGGUACCAAUUACAUAUUGCAUGGGGCAGAAUUAAGCAACCGGUUCGAUCUUAACAAGGCUAAUUCCGCCUAUUUCCUCUCCGGCGUCGAGGAUGACCCCACUGCUGUCUCGAACUGCCAGAAACUAGUGGCGUGGGCUGUCUUUGAUAUUCAAGCGCUAGCUUGCCAGGUCUACAGGAAGAAACCUAUCUGGAAGGAGCCACCUUCCAUAGGAUUCACCGAAGAAGAAGCAUCGGCUCUAGACGAAGGCGGGGAGUGGCGCCCGUAUCCUUUCCAAACUCCUGUUUCUCAACCUUAUCUCUAUACCGCCGCGUGGAUUCGGAGUGAACUGGUCGCCAUAGUACAUGAUAUCGCCUGCUUUUCGCUCAAAUUCCCCGGUGCCGUCUUAGGCGAUAGCGACUGGGAUUAUGGUUACAGCUUAUACCAAAGGCUACUGGGUUGGAGGGCAAGAUUGCCAUGGACUGUCUUGCCCAGGCACAACACAACUCCCCACGCCCUCUGCUUACACUUCUAUUAUCAGGCAACCCUUGUCUCCUUGUGCGAAAAUUUCCUCCUAAACUCAUCCAUGUCUCCUGAUGGUUGCAGGUCUAGCCGAUUCGACCCCUUGAUAGUCAAGUCGCAUGCUAUGGACACCUUCGGAUCCCUUGUCCUGCUCUUCAAACACUACCAUGGGUGGAAGUCAAUUCCCAUUAUCAUGUUACACUACUUCUGUGUUGCAGGUGUUCACUCUGUAUCUAAAUUACACCCGCACGAACCGAAGUGGAGUCUUGUCUUAGAAAGCUCAGUUGUUGGCCUCUGGCACAUGAGUCUGGGCUGGGGUCGAUUUUGCAAGGCCUUCUUACGCACCAUUGGUCUAGUCCUGAAAGCAACAAACCCCGAUCCCUCGCUAGUUCCACCUAGGGCAACUGCUGUACUGGACCAGCUGAGUGGCAGUCUCUGGACUGGUGUGGAUACCUCAUCACUUGCUGCAGAUUAUGUGGUGCAUCACAUUCCAGACAGGUUCGGGCAAAAUCUGGGCCCAGGCUCCGCUGAAUACAAAGCUCACACGCUACAGAGUCUUCUCGUUACUAUGGAAGGCCUGUCUAUCACCGCAGGCCCCAAAAUAAACCAGGCUGCUGCCUGCAACCCACUCCAGGAUAACAAGUUAUUGCCAUCUAUGGGGCCCUUUAUUCGGCACCGUUGCUGUACUGGAUAUCAGUAUCAUCAGAUCACAUAUCUCAAUGAUAUGGCCCCUUCCUUGUAUAGGGAAUUUCGGUGGAGUGACUUCUACGUCGCUCUGAUUUUGUAUUUAUUGCUGCAAACACACUUAUCUAUUUUCGAGAGGAAUAUACGACCUCCUUUUGGCCAGUUUGAAAAUUAUAACCAGUAUACCAGUAGAGCAUACGACGCUUUUAUGCCCCGCUACGAUGUCCCAUGA